GCGGUUUCUCCAUUUUUAGCUUCCAAUAAAACGAUAACAAAGAGCAACGGCAUCAAUUCUUCCUCCCCCGCCUCCCGCUGCGUCGUCGCUGAAUCGGAGCUCGUCCAGCCGCCGAUGAGCUCGGGAUUCCGACACGUAGUUCCUCUGAUCAUUACCUAGGCCUGGGGUCGCCGAUCCUAUCAGCUUGUCGGUGGUAAACUGGUCGGCUGACUUGGAACCGAAUCGCGCGUAGCCACGGCCUAGGGUUUCCCCCGUUUCGCCCCAUUGUUUCUUCUUGGUCGAGAUAUUAAUAGGAUGCAAGGUAAAAUGCCCGAAAACUCUCUUCCUCAUCAUACUACUGAUUCGAAUCAGAAGAUCAUUGAGACAGAUGGUGCGUCAAAGCGGUUGUAUCAAGUGUGGAAAGGAAGCAAUAAAUUCUGUUUCGGAGGGAGACUUAUAUUUGGUCCAGAUGUGAGAUCCUUAACGCUCACAGUACCUCUCAUUGUUGUCCCAGUUAUCUUCUUUGUGUUAUUUGUUUCAGACAAGUUGGUGAAUGAGUUUCAGCAUCACUUGGGAAAUUUUAUUGUUGAUUUCGCUGUUGUCUUUACUGCUUAUGAUAUUCUUAUGCUAUUUCUCACUUCGGGCAGAGAUCCAGGGAUUGUUCCUCGCAAUGCACAGCCUCCUGAACUAACAGAUGUUGAAAGCAACUCCACUAUCUCUGCAGAGUGGUCAGGAGCUUAUGGCGGCUCAGUUUUGCCAUUGACCAAGGAUGUAUUUGUUAAUGGCAUUGUUGUGAAAGUCAAAUAUUGCAAUACAUGCAUGCUUUAUCGUCCGCCUCGUUGCUCCCAUUGCUCAAUUUGCAACAACUGUGUUGAACGAUUUGAUCAUCAUUGCCCCUGGGUUGGCCAGUGUAUCGGAAGAAGGAACUAUCGUUUCUUUUUUAUGUUCGUCACGUCCACGACAUUACUAUGUCUAUACGUCUUUUCCUUCUGCUGGGUUAACCUCACAAAGAUCAUGGAAGCAUAUCACUGCAAUCUCUGGGAAGCUGUUCUGCAAUCACCUGUUUCUGGAAUUCUCAUCAUUUAUACAUUCAUAGGAGCUUGGUUUGUUGGAGGCUUGUCCACUUUUCACCUUUACUUAGUUUGCACCAAUCAGACAACAUAUGAGAACUUCAGAUAUCGUUACGACGGCAAAAAGAAUCCAUAUAACCAUGGAUGCAUUCAUAACGUCAAGGAGAUCCUCUUCUCAGGAAUCCCUAAAUCCAUGAAUAAUUUCAGAGCAAUCACUAAAGAGGAUUCAUCAUGGUUCUCUUCAUCACAUUCUAUGGGGAGAGCUAUGAAUUCACGUAUGAUGAAGCCAGGCUUUGACCUGGAGAUAGCUGUCAAACGGCACAAUGCUGCUGCAGAAGAGCUUGAAGGCAUGGAGGAUCAGUUUCAGUUCGGAGCAAUAGAAAGAUUCGGCUCCAAGACACCACAUUCAGCAUUUUCUGCAGACAAAGGCAGUUGGGAAACACCAAAACAUGUUAAAGAAUUCGAAAUGGACCAAGACUGGCAGGAGAAACAAGACAUGGAGAGCUUAUCUGUUGAGUUUAAAAUGACACAUGGAUAUGAUGAUAGAGUAAUGAACCAUGAAUUUGCUUAACAAUCAGUCAAAAAACAGUUGCUUAACCUUCGGUUUUGAUGAAAAAAAAGAGGGGGAAAACUGCAGCUGCGAGUCCAGCUAAAUGGAAGUGGAUCUCCUAAGUAGCAGACUCACGAAGCAGCAUGCAAGGACACUUGCCUGUAUUUUUCAUUCUUAUUUUGUAUAGACAGAAACAUAACGUGGAGUUUAUGUGCUUGUACAUGAAUGCAUUUCUGUUAA